AUGGUACUGUACACUGGCUUUUAGGGAUGGCCCACAUCAAAUGUGUCAUAACCGAAAGCCGAAGUUGUACAUUGAACUCCAGCCAUGAAAACAAAUUCAGUGAUUUGAUACUGACUGCAAGUCAGAUCACGUAUUUAAUUUGUUUUGUAAAAUGAGUUGCUAAUGUUCAAAAUAUAAGUAGCUGGAGACAUUGGUUAUGCUGUGUUGCCAGAACCAGAAUUUUCCUGCAGUAAAGCAGCUUACAUGCUGAAUGUGUUGAUUAAUUGACAAACAUUUCAGCAAGAUGUGACUACAAGCAGCAGUUCCUUAAAACAUGUUAAGUUCUACCCUUAUCAUUUCUCCUACAACUGCCAUUGCACAUGUUGUGUUAAGGUCUCCCGAGCACUGAAAUUUCUGUACAACAGAACAUAUUUCUUGGACUAUAAGUUUAGUCAUAUUAUCUUGUUUUAUAUGUUCCCAACCACACCACUAGAUCAAGUUGAGAACAGCUUUACUUGUUGGCUACUUUGUCCUUGAGGAGAGUAUGGACCUCAAUGCCAGUCUGGCAUGUGGCAAAAUAACAUUCUUGUCCUACUGGGAAUUGAAACCCAGUCAUUCAGCCCAUCACUUAGUCAGUAUACUGUCAUUGUGAUUAGAUUAACAUGGCUAUGGUAGCCCUUCACAAUGACAGUCUUGGAUGUUUGGUAUCUCCAUAACAAUAGGGAAUAUUUGAGUACUAAGGAAAUAACACUGCUGGGAAUUUAACAACAAAUUUGUUUGUUCUGUAUUCUUAACCUUGCACAGUCAAAGCCAUUGGUACCUGAACCAUGGCAAUAUGUUUUGGCUAUCGGAAAGCUGCCUUCGAGCUCCUAUUGUAGAAGUUUGAAAAAUGUCAUGAACUAAAUGUGACUUGGCAUCCUUGCACUUGGCUGAAUGAUAUAUCAAUCGAAUGUGAGUUAUUAAAACGAGUAAAAUUAUACCACGUGCCUUUGCACCAGUAAGUAAUAUGAUCUAAAAGUAACCUAACUUAAUAUAAAAUCGUCUUAGGUUAAAACUGGUAUGUAUAUUGCGAGCACUAUAACAUUACAAUAGAAGUUUGUGGUAUAUGUACAAUUUCCUCCAAUGUCCGGUAGUAAAGGUGUUAAUUACAUUAUAUUUAUGUCAGUAUUGCUUAAUGGUAAUCGACCGAUUGACUUUAAACUUGUGUUACUGAAUGUAUUUUAUGAGUGUACACCAGCUAUUUCGAAUAGUAUGAUGAAUAUUUACGUCAUUUGCAUCGUUAUCUGAGGGCAUGUCGAUACAAUUUUAGUUUGCGAUCAUAUGAGAUUCAUUGUGGGUCACAUGGUCGUGUCUAACAGUGCUCGGUAUCAUUUUAACGUUUCCUAAAUUUACACUGUACGUUGUCUACUAAUUCGAACUUUCAAAGGCUGUCGACCUUUCUUAUUACUACUACACUCCUUUGCGCAUGCGCACGAGUUGCAGCAAGUUGCAUUUGAAAAGGAAGUGUUUGACAGGUGCGUAACGUGGAAAAGUAUGGAUAUGUAUGUGUUACAUUAAGUAUAACAUAAAUAUGUGCAGAAACGAGGAUCAUUGUGUUUGUAAGUAAGUGAAUUUAACGGACAGAGUGUAAUUCCGGAAGAAGAAAAGCUGUAGAAAAUGGAAGCUACCUGACACCUGGCUGUAUAACCGUCAGACGUGAAAUUACAAGCAACAUGGCUUCUUGGUUUAUAUGAGGUACUGAAAAUGUAUACUAGAAAGCAGAUGUCGAGAAGUACGGGGGGGAUUAUGAAUGCUUUUUUUCGUGGGAAAAGAAACUUCGUAUUGAAAGUUAUGUCAUAAUGCUGAAAUCUGGCCAGAAAAGGCCUAGUACCCCAAACAAAACGAAAUCAGGUGUUACAGGUUCCUCCGAUGGUGCAGAUCACUGGAGACAGGGUGUUUGUGAAACAGUAAUCACUGCUCGACCCGACGGUAGUUUAAACUUCUCAGUGCAUGGUGGAUCUGAUAAUGGAGAGUUUGCUUACGUGAGUCAUAUAGUGCAAAAUAAAGUGAAUUAUGUGAGUGGAAAAUUAAAUGAAGAUGGUAUUCUACUGGAAAUUCAGGGCCAGAAAGUAGCAGGAUAUACCCAGCGAGACGUAGUGGCGUGGUUAAAUCACUGUUGCAGAAAUGGAAAUCCUGUGGUGCUGAAGACAAUUGAUGCAGGUGCAGUAACAAAAGAUCUUCGCCAGUUCUUGAAUGCAAGAUUCCAGAAAGGCUCUGUUGACCAUGAUCUUCAAAACACGAUUCGAGACAAUUUAUAUCUCCGAACAGUGCCGGUUACGACACGCGCACCUCGAGAUGGUGAAGUGAAUGGAAUCGAUUACACUUUUCUCAGCACUGACGAGUUUAUGGCAUUAGAGCGAAGUGGAAAUUUGCUUGAAAGUGGCAUCUAUGAAGGAAAUCACUAUGGUACUCCAAAGCCUUCGAAGGAACCCCAUGUCUCACCGCCUCAGAGUAGUGGCUCCAACACUAAUCUGAGUACAGCUGGUCUGGUGUUGGGUGCACUUUUUCCGGGUGCUCACCCAAGUUCUGAGGGGAAACGGAAACGCAACCGUUCCAACGUAGAAGCUAUGGCAGCUAAGAACAUGGAGCCAGAACCUAUGGGGACGUGUGGAGGUGGUAGUGAAGAAGACCAGUUACCAGGGAUGGGCUCUCCCCCAAGUUAUUUCCAUACCGGAGAUGGACCCGACUCUCUCCGUUCUGAUCUGGGCCCCCUGCCACCAAACUGGGAGAAAGCAUAUACCGAGAGAGGGGAGAUAUACUUUAUAGACCAUAACUCUGGCACCUCUCACUGGCUGGAUCCAAGGCUUUCCAAGUUUCAGAAGAAGUCAUUGGAAGAAUGUUUGGAUGAUGAAUUACCAUACGGUUGGGAGAAAAUUGAUGACCCGCAUUAUGGUACCUAUUACAUAGAUCACGUUAAUAGAAGGACGCAAUAUGAAAAUCCAGUGAUCCAAGCUAAGAGGGCAGCUGAGGACUGUACCAGUUCAAAUGAACUAAAGGGAAGGAAAGCCCAUAUUAUAACUGGACCGAGGCCAGCUGUUGGUAACCAUUCUGGCGCUUCAAAACGCUCGAACAAUUAUGACCGAGCUUUCUUCACACGAAAUCCAAACGAACUGCGUGGUGAACUGAUUCAGACGACGCUUGUAAAGUCCUCGCGAGGUUUAGGCUUCACCAUUGUUGGUGGGGAUGAUACAGAAGAGGAGUUUCUGCAAAUAAAAUCUGUGGUGCCUAAUGGACCAGCUUGGCUUGAUGGAAAACUGCAGACAGGUGACGUACUGGUGUAUGUGAAUGAGACGUGCGUUCUGGGCUUCACGCAUCAUGACAUGGUGAGCAUGUUCCAGUCCAUCUCUCCAGCGGAGACUGUCACGCUGGAGGUGUGCCGUGGUUACUCACUUCCUUUUGAUCCUAAUGACCCCAAUACAGAAGUGGUCACAACUGUUGCUGUGAAUGCUCCAGAUGCAGACCCUAGUCUGUACUUGGAUCAUGAUGGUAGCCUAAAGGGUAGAGGCUACGGCUUUCUCGAUGUCUCUUCUGAUGGUGUCCAUACUCACAAUGGAUCAGAAGAUCUGGUGAACAGUUCCGUCAAGUCAAUGCCUGAUUUGUGCACUUCUGAGAAAAUAAAGAACAUUCAGCGUCCAAAUAGCACAGACGUCCUGUUAAGUGAUGUGUCAGGUUUGGGUGACUUUAUUGACCAGAGCCCUGGAAUGAACAAGCCUGAAUUUCUUAGCAUCUCCAUCGUGAAAGGUGCCAUGGGGUUUGGCUUUACUAUAGCUGAUAGUGCAUAUGGCCAGAAAGUGAAAAAGAUCCUUGACCGACAGAGGUGUAAGAACUUGAUGGAAGGUGACAUCUUGGUGGAUAUCAAUGCAAUUAGUGUGCGGAAUAUGUGUCAUGGUGAAGUGGUUCAGGUGCUCAAGGAUUGUGUAAGGAAUCAAGAAGCGACAGUAACGGUGCAACGAGGGGGUCCCGGCUCGCCUGGCAAGAACAAGCCUCGGAAAAAGGACGAGCCCGGGUUAGCCGUGGGUCUUGGCGGUGCAGGUAGUGCUGGAGGCAGAAAAACUAAUGCCGCCGGUUCGACAGCGGGCAUGUAUCGCAGCAAAACGCCCACGGCAGAUCUCUACAGUACACAGCAGAAGGAAGUGAUUCCUAAUAGGCCCAAGACUCCGUUAGUGGACACGAGGAACCGUCCAAAAACUCCCGUAUCAGAGCGAGACAGGAGACCUUGGUCGCCUUCGGAAGGUGUAGGAAGUGCCUCUUUAGAUGUAGGAUUGGGGGGGACUGGUGUGUCAAAGUGUGAGGAGAAUGGGGCAGAUGGUAUUAGUUCCUUGCAGAGUCCAUCUUCCCCUCUUACUCCUCCAUAUGAUAGUUACAAGACUGCAUUUUCCUAUCCAGAUCCAUAUGAUGGUGGUGGUGGUGGGAGGAGUCCGUUAACAAAUUUGGGUGAUUGUCUAGGGGCAGCUACACUUCAAGAUCCUACGCGACCCAUACAAGGAGACUACGGCCACAGCAGGAGUCUCGGAAAUGAUCUGGGCCGAGAUCUUGAUCCUGAUUUAAAUGUGGACUCUGGAUCUUUACAGCAGAGGGAUGGGUGGAAUAAAGUCCAUGACGGACGUUACGGAGAUUCGUACUCGUCGGAGAACGUCCCUCAUUCUUCUGGUACUGGGACCUAUGACAGUACCGUAGUGGAUCAUGCUAAUAUGCCAAAUAAUCAAUCUCCGUCAAAUGACUAUCUCACUCCAUAUGUGCCACACGCGUUUUACAAUGGUUAUGGAGGCCAGUAUGAUGCAGGUUAUGUUUAUGGUUAUGCUGAUGUUCAUUCAGGCUACGUGCCUCACAAAGACUUUGGAUACCCACACCCAGUAUCUGGGUAUACUUCUCAAGGGCAGAAUAUUACUGGUGGUACAGUUACCCUGGCUAAUUCGGGGUAUUAUACAGCGUCUGAUGGUGCCAACAAAAGAAAGGAAAGUACAAGUUUUGAACAUGAACAACCACAUCCUAGCACAGUUACAAGAUAUCCUCGAGACUUGAGGUGGGUGGGUCUUGGACCAGGAGUGCACAUUUACCCAGCAGGACCUGGCCUAGAGUGGGUAGAGACAUCAGUUACUCUGGUCCGACAAGAGACUGGAUUUGGUUUCCGUAUUGUUGGCGGGACAGAAGAGGGUUCCCAGGUAGGAUCCAUGGUAUCAAUUGGGCACAUUGUGCCAGGUGGUGCAGCUGAUCUGGAUGGAAGGUUAUGUACAGGAGAUGAAAUUGUGAAUGUAGACUCACAGUCAGUACUCAGUACCUCACAUCAUCACGUGGUGCAGCUCAUGGGGAAAGCUGCGGCUAAUGGCCGCGUCACUCUCGGAAUCAGGAGACGAAUUCCUACACAAGAUGUGAGCAGCUACGCAAGGCCAGAUAUUGGGUAUCCGUAUGAUGUGACUGUUACCAGAAGGGAAAGCGAAGGAUUCGGUUUUGUGAUAAUUUCAUCCGUAAAUAAAGCAGGUUCCACCAUAGGUCGUAUUAUUGAGGGCAGUCCCGCUGAACGCUGUGGUCAGUUACAUGUUGGUGACCGCAUUCUGGCAGUAAAUCACAUUGACAUCAUGAAUCUCCAUCAUGGAGACAUUGUGAACCUUAUCAAAGACUCUGGCUACACUGUGACGCUUACAAUAGGACCUCCGCUUGAUGAUGCAUCCAGCACAGCAUCAGUGUCUCAGAGGGAGGAGGAGACGACUGGAAUGGAGGAGGAGCAAUAUCACGCCGUAGAACUGAGUCGUGGGACACGAGGCUUUGGAUUCAGCAUUCGUGGUGGUCGAGAAUUUCAGAAUAUGCCAUUGUUUGUCCUUCAGAUCGCAGAAAGUGGGCCGGCUGCCAUGGAUGGUCGCUUGAAGAUUGGUGAUCAGAUUAUUGAAAUAAACGGUAUUAACACAAAGAACAUGACUCAUGCAGAAGCCAUUGAAAUAAUCCGCAAUGGAGGCCCGUCAGUGAGAUUAUUGGUUCGUCGAGGAGGGAAGGUUCCUCCCCCUCCACCAGUUGGAGAUCCAGCCAAUGCUCCAGCAGUGAAUACGAACUUACGACCAGGGAGUUCAUUGGCUCAACCCAACGGGCCAGUACGUCAUAGUUCUCCCUGUGAAGCAGGACUGGGAACUGUGUACUGGGAACAGCACUACAAUCCCAGUUGACAUGGCCUUUGUACAAUAGAUAAUGUAACCAUCGAAGAAUAAACAUAUGUAGAGAU